GGGCCUCCUAGGCUCCACCCUUUCUCCCUGCCCGUGAGAGGAACUUCCUUUUGUUUCUAACCCUUGGUACAGCACCCAGAGCCACUCUCCACCCUGUCUUGACAUCAUGACCGGCCUGAGCCCCUCACAGCUCCAGAAGUUCCAGGAGGAUGGAUUCCUGGUGCUGGAAGGAUUCUUGUCUGCAGAGGAGUGUGUGGCCCUGCAACAGAGGAUUGGCCAGAUAGUGGCCGAGAUGGAUGUCCCUCCCCACUGCCGUGCGGAAUUUCCUCCUCGCAUCCUCAACAAGGCAGAAGAGCAGCAGAAAACCCAGGUGGGCACCUGGGGCAGGCCCAGCUGUGACCCCGUGUCGCUGUCUCAGUCCCUCUGAUACCCCCUCUCCACAGGACAACACAGAGUAUUUCUUGAGCAGCGGCGACAAGAUUCGAUUCUUCUUUGAGAAAGGUGUUUUUGACGAGAAAGGAAAUUUCCUAGUCCCUCCGGAGAAAUCCAUCAACAAAAUUGGCCACGCUCUGCACGCCCACGACCCUGUCUUCAAGGGUGCCACCCACUCCUCCAAGGUGCAGGCCGUGGCCAGAAGUCUGGGCUUCCAUAUGCCUGUCGUGGUGCAGAGCAUGUACAUCUUUAAGCAACCUCGUAUUGGCGGCAAAGUCCCUGCCCACCAGGAUGCCACCUUCCUGUACACGGAGCCCCUGGGCCGGUUGCUGGGUUUGUGGAUCGCACUGGAGGACACCACGGUGGAGAACGGCUGCCUCUGGUUCAUCCCUGGCUCCCACACCAGUGGAGUGUCCAGAAGGAUGGUCCGGACCCCUGCUGGUUCCAUGACUGGGAUCUCCAUCCGGGGAUCAGACCCAGCCUGGGACAACAGCCUCUAUGUGCCCACAGAAGUGGGGAGAGGAUCCCUCAUCCUAAUUCAUGGAGAAGUGGUGCACAAGAGCGAGCAGAACCUGUCUGACCGCUCGCGCCAUGUCUACACUUUCCAUCUCAUGGAAGCCUCUGGCACCGUCUGGAGCCCAGAGAACUGGCUCCAGCCAACAGCUGAGCUGCCCUUUCCCCCACUGUACACCUAAGUGCCGUCUCAGGGUGGGGACACUGCCCCUCCUGGUGAAGCCGUGGGCUGCAAAUACCAGCGGGUCACCUGAACCCCCAGCUGCAACCAGGAAGCCGUAUCUCUCCUCCUGGGCUUUCCUUAUGCCAGUAUCUGCACCCCUCGGCCCUGCAGAUGUGGCUGGAGGUGACAGCCGGGCAGCAGGAGCCCGGGCUGGGUGGCCUUCUCAAGAUCUCUGUCUCUCUGCCUCCCCGCUGCCCAACACCACCUCCCUCUAGAGCCAGCCUCUCAGCCGUGAAAGGGUUCUGGCCACUUCCCUGCCGGCUUCUUACUCUUCUCUCCUCUCAGAUGGAAUUCUGAUGAUUACAGUGCAAGAUACUGAAUAAAAAUUACCCCUGAUUACUGAUGUGCUAGAUAUUGAAUAAAAAUGACCCCUAAAUGCA